GUGAUGCGGUCUAUGAGUGAACAUAUAUUUUUUGUUGUCUUACGGUAUUUUUAUCUGCCCGAAUUGGAGUUUAGUGAUUAUCUGGUGUCACAUUGAAGAUGUCCAAUAAAGAGCUGGAGAAGCUACAGCAUCUGCUGCGAAAGGAAAUACAAACCCAUCAGAUACUUGUGACAAAGAUCAAGAGUGAACCUCAUAAUGUAGAACUGCGAAUGAAUCUGCAUGAUCAGCAAGCCAAGAUAACAGCUCUCAGUGAAAAGCAGAAAAAAGUCGUAGAACAACUCCGCUCAGACCUUGGUGUGAGGAAGCCCUCAGCACAGCAUGAAGCGGUGCAGAAGGUCACUCUACUGCAAACCAGCGCUCAAACCCCUGACCACAUCUCAACACCUGAACAUCCCUAGUCGAGUCAAGGCCAACAUGAUCGGUGGUACAACCACCAAGCUCCUUGUAGCCCCCACUACCACCCAUACCACCACCAUCACAACCACACCCAUAACCAGUGGAGGAGGGGGAGUGGUCGGUGGUGGAGGAGGAGGAGGAGGCGGUGCUCAGCAUACCCCUUCCACGCCCACUCGUCUGUCGAUCCUAACCAAUAAACCUUCGGUUAUAAGUAUCAAGGUGCCUAAUAUUUCCGGUCGGCUGAACUCGCUGGUGGUCAAGAGACCCGUUUCACAAAACCUGUCAAAGGAACUUGAUUACAUGGCAAAGCAGUACAAGCGGCAAUUCCUGUCUACAAGGCCUAAAGACAACCCACUGCCUUCGUCGCUAUCAAGUUGUGUUGCCUCGCAAUCUACAUCAUCUUCAACGUUGCUGUCAUCUACCAUGACCUAUACUACAGCCUGCCUGAAGAAACCUUUAACUGCCGAAGAAAUGAGUCGGAGGUCAGCAACAACUUAUCUAGCCGCUGCUAACGGAUGGUCGGGAGAGAAAAGGAGAAAAGCUGCUAGGCCUGCUAGAUUCGCUGAUGGUGUUGGUUCAGAAAAUGCUGGAAUAAAUGGUCUGCCUAAGCCAGACUCAGAUGGGCAUGAGGAUAUAUGUGCAGUCUGUAGGCAGAUUGGUGAGCUGUUGAUGUGCGAUACCUGUAACCUAGUCUACCAUCUGACCUGCCUGGACCCGCCCCUCGCCGCCGUACCCCCAGGAGCCUGGAGCUGCCCCGAAUGCAAGUCGAUGGAAGACGAGAAGAAGAAGCUCGGUCGCCGGGCGGCGGACCUCCGGAUGCAGAGAGUCCAGCUGGAAGAGAAAGCUAAACAUCUCAACGAUGCCAUUACGAAUCAAAGCAAAUCAAAUGAAUCCUUGAUGACGUCCUUCCGCAAGACGGAAGCAACGAUCACCCAACUCAAAGACUUCCUCACAAGUUUUCAGGUCAAGGUGGAACCCAUGAUGGAAAGCCAAUAACAGCAAUUGGAUCGAAAUAGAUUUGUAUGAUUUUUAUAUCGUUCUUUUCUAGUCAUAUAUAUAUAUAUAUAUAUAUAUAUAUAUAAGUCUGUCUCUUUUUUUUACAACUCAGAUCAGACACAAAUUUUGAGAUAGUAUGAGAGGCGUGCUUUUUUUUAGUAUGUUGCAUUGAUGAAAUACUCUACAUGUAGGUCUGACAAAACUAUGGAAUAUUUUCCAGCUCGUCACCUAGGAUUGAAUUAAACGCAGCAAGGAAUAUCAUGUUGACAGUACCGUGCCUAUUUAAAAGUA